AUGCUGGAGAUCAUACAAGGCUUGCACUAUGUGAUUCCGCCUUCAGCCAUUGACGCCCCAACGUCUCAUAAAUUGUACAAGAAGGCAAUAAAGACAGUUGCCUCCGGCCCCGAAAGCAUCUCCUGGCCGACUUUUCUCAUCCUGUCAACUUUGUAUAAAAAGGUACCAGCGAAAUACAUUGAGGAGAUUCGCCGAGUGCAUGGGAGAACAUCAACGGACGACCUCACCAGCGAAUACCUGGCCAUUGACGGGAUGGAGCCGGCUGAACUGUCACACAACCAAAUACCAAGCAAGACUAAUGGUGAGGAUCCCAAGCGUCAGGAGUCUCCGAACUCUGCGGCUACCAAACAACAUCGGCGAACGGCAGCCCAAGUGCAGGAGAAGGGGUCCGCCAUCCGUAACAACGCGGCGAUAGCGAGAAAAGCUGCUGAGGACCAGGCCGCGUCUGGACCGGCGCCACCCAGAGACAUCUACGACUUUCUGUCUGAUAACGACAGCCAAGAGUCGAUGCAAGUGGAUAGAACGACGUCGACUGGGCCCCCUACUACUACUACGCCGCCUCUAUCUUCUAAUACUACGAAGCCGGCCCCCAAACGAGCCACCAAGCGUUCGGCCCUACGCAAGAAAGAACCGUUGAUUUUACCCCCCGACAUAUCGCUUUCGUCCGCUCAAAAGCGACCAGCUUCGCCCACUGCCACAAACAGAACUCCCAAGCGCGUGAGGUUUCUGGACGACGACGCUGCUUUCCAGACUACCAUCGAAGCUCGUUACAGCGCGAUGGAGGACUUUUUUCGCAAUUUGAGCUCUGGCGCGACCCAAGUCCCCGUUGCUUGCGGCAAUUCCACAAUUAUCGAAAAACAAACCAAGGAAAUGUUGGAGAUCAACAAGAAGCUGGUUUCUACGACGCAAACAGUCGCCAGAGUGACGACGACACUUACCGAAUUUAUGUCAAAUCUCGAACGCAGCCUCAAAACUCACUGUGAUAAGGACACUUCCUCGAAGAACAAGUCGAAGAGUACUUGA